UAUUCUACUUUUUAUGCUUUUAUAUGCGUCCAAGUUUGAGAAAUAAUUUAAAAAAUGAUUCACGCCCUUCCAACAAAAAGCACCGUUACCCGACCAAAUAACUGCCAAACGGUAAACCAGUUUGAAGAAUCCAAGAAAUCCCCUCAUUCGUCUCUCUUCGCCGUUUUAAACUUCAGAGACUUCUAUUUCUUGUGUAUCACUAAUCUAAACGCAUGUAUAUCAAGAUUCUGGGAUUUUGUUUCAUUUUCCCAAACGUCAAGAACGAAGGCAACUAUUAUUAAAUUCUUGCAAAAUUUUUCAACACCAAUAUAUAUGUGGGUUGCUUGAAUAAUUUUGAAUGCAGUUCUUGAAUCCGUCAAGUGCUUUUAUUUUUUAUUACCAUUUGAUCAUCUCAGUACAAUUUCUUCUAGACUUUAAUAAUCAUUGUGUGUGUUUAUAUAUCAUUUUUAUGCUUUAUAGACAUGUAUGGUUUAACAAUUAUUGAUACACGAUUAUUUUACGAACUGCAGAAAUUUUGGCGGGCGCAAAAAUAGUUAAAGAUGAUAGGAGGAUUCAUCUCGAGAGGUUUAAUUCUGGUUCUUGCAUAUGCCUAUCCUGCAUUUGAGUGUUUCAAAGCAGUGGAGAAUAAUGGAGUUGAGGUUCAAGAACUCAGGUUUUGGUGUCAAUACUGGAUUAUUAUUGCAAUGCUCACAGCUCUUGAGAGAAUUGCUGAUAUCUUUGUCUCUUGGUGGCCAAUGUACGGUGAAUUGAAGUUGGCUCUCUUCAUUUACUUGUGGUAUCCGAAAACAAAGGGGGCGGGAUAUGUAUACCAGACCUAUUUGCGGCCUUAUGUGUCCAAGCAUGAGAUGGAUAUUGAUUGGGGCUUACAGGAACUUAGGGAGAGAGCAUGGAACUUGGCUACUUAUCAUUGGCAAAUCUGUUUACAACUAGUUUCAGCAAAGAUUCCUCAAUUUAUACAAUUUAUGACAUCCCAAUCUGUAAGGAUUAAACAGCCUGGCUCUCAGAACGGCGAAAAUCAACAUUCCUAUGAAACUCCUCCUCCGACAUCCUCACCUACUAGUACGCCAUCCCGACUAGUCAAGAGGAACAAGACCGACAGAGAACAGCUGCCAAAUACACCAUCUGGAAAGCCAACCUCGCAGCACGCAUAAGUACCCAAAUCUGGUUUGGCCACGAAUGGCUUAGAAGAGAAAUUGGGAGCGGAACACCAUUUACAUACUGCCUGCCUUAACUUCGGAGAUUCAAUAUCAGCAACUAGCAAAAUUAUAUUGUUGA